ACUACAUCUCUCUUCGACUGUAGCUCUGAGAGACACUCUACGUCAACCAGUUUCUAGCGGCCGACGAGGUGAUUUAGAGAGAACACAGCACGAACUCGAUAACGACCUGUCGACCCGUACCAUGCUGUUUACCAAGCUGACUCUGGAUACGCCCAUCCUCAUCGUAGGUGGAACGGGCACGAUCGGCUCCAGCACGGCCCUCCACCUGCGUCGUCGAGGAUAUACCAACCUGAAGCUCAUCGACUCUUACCCCUUCCCCAGCGGCGGGUCCGGUAACUCACAGUCGGCAGGAGGAAGUGAUUUGAACAAGAUCGUCGGGUAUGCCGAUGGUGGUGUAAGGGGGGAGUUGGCCGAGGAGACGAUGAGAGGUUGGAGGGAGGAUCCGGUUUUUAGAGAGCAUUAUUACGAGGUUGGGGAGCUCGCACUAGCUUCCCUCCUAUCCAACAUCGCCUCCCUCCGCUCCGAAUACAUCCACCACAAGACCUCUCCUUCAAACCACCCAGACCCGGAUCCUCUGGAAUGGCUCUCCACGCCAUCCGAUAUCAUCCAUCGAGCACCACACCUAAAAGCUGAAAGUAUUCAGGGAUGGCAAGGUACUUAUCGGCCCCGAGCUGGGUGGGCGGGAGCGAUGGAUGCGAUUGAUAGUGUAGGGGAAGAGUUGAAGAGGCUGGGUGGGGUGGAGAUGGUCUUUGGCAGCUCCGGCUCCUUCUCCCGCCCGCUCAUAGACCCCCUAACGAGCCGGUGUAUCGGCGUGAUCGCCAAAGACGGGACUCGACAUUUCGCAGAGCGGGUCGUCAUGGCCACCGGAGCGUGGACGCCUAGCUUAGUUGAUCUGGAGGGACAGUGUGUUUCCAAGUGCUGGAUCGUAGCUCAUCUAGAAUUGACGGACGCAGAAGCCGCGCGGUAUAGAGGCAUCCCAGUGGUUUACAACGAAGAGGUCGGCUUCCUCUUCGAACCCCGUUACGUCCUCGACCCUUCCACAGGCACCUCUCGCUGGAUAAUCAAGCUGUGCGACGAGUUCCCCGGGUAUACACGGUACUUGCCCGCCCGGCCCUUCAGGCCCGGUUCGGAUAAGAAACACGAAUCCAUCGAAGUCUCGGUGCCGAGGUCUCAUUCGGAUCAUCCGACGGAUACAGUUCCUGAUGAGGGGAUGGAGAGGUUACGCAGGGUUGUCGAGGUCAUGUUACCAGAGUUUAGGGAGAGGGAGUUUGUCAAGAGUUAUUGUUGUUGGUGUACAGACACCGACGACGCGGAAUGGCUCUUCUGCGAACACCCGUCUUGUCCCGGAUUGUUUUUGGCUACAGGGGACAGUGGGCACUCGUUCACCUCGUUACCUGUCGUCGGCGGACAAGUGGCCGACUUGCUCGAAGGCAAGAUGUCACCCGAACGCAUGGAACGACUCGGUUGGAGGCCCGGUCGAGGAGACCCGGAUCAUACCGGUCGAGGAGGUCCGCCGGCAAAGGAUCUGGGUGAUCUUCCCGGUUGGGCUCAUGGUGACGAUCCAAAGGAGGUAUGACCCGUUGAAAUCGCGUAGGCGAGUCGUAGCAAUAUUUGGCAGUAUAGCUUGGUGCCUUUGAGAAUGUUGUUUAGUUUGGGUGACAAAGGAUGGAAUACAGCAGAAGGCAACAUCUUGCCGGAACACAAUGGUCGACUUGACUGCUUUAGGUUGGGACGAUGGCGACCUCUUUGUCCGCGCAUGAAGAACAAUGAGCGCAGGAGUCGUUGCCUGGUGGGAUACAUAUACCAAAAGCCUCGACACCGAUAUCAUUUGUGUAUCUUCCAGGUCGCCC